AUGGCAAAGUUCAUCACGAUCUCCAUGUUACUGUCUCACACUUCCGGACUCGAAACCAGCAGUACCCAAGGCUUUCCUGGAUACGAUGUUAGCCGUAACGCGAAUGGGCAUUUUCGCGCCGCUUUGCCAGAUUUGGCAGAAGCAUUAGAAGGCAAUUGGCCGAGUAACACUUUACCUAUCCGAUUGAAGGAUUGGCCCGGCCAUGUGUUCAAUUACUCUGGGGGUGGGUAUGGUAUUCUCCAGCUCAUCAUCGAAGCAGUGACAAACCAUUCCUUUGCCGGAGCCAUGCAAGAGUACGUCUUCCAGCCACUAGGCAUGCAGCGGUCGACUUUCGCCAUUCCUGACGAUGAAGAUUUGAACACUGAAAAACAGCUGGGAAAGGGCAACUAUGCGAGAGCCUACUAUAACGGCUACACUGCUUGUGAAGCUCCUCACCGCGUGAACCCAGAGCAAUCGGCCGCGGGCUUGUGGACUACACCUUCUGAUCUCCUGACUCUAGCCUCUGCGAUUCAGAAAUCUUUGCACAACAAGGACGGAUUUAUACCGACAGAGCUUGCGAAGCAGAUGCUAGAGGAAGUGCAGGCGGACAUGGCUCAUGGUUGGCGUGUCACUGAUACUCACUUUAGCCACAAUGGUAGCAAUGUGCCUGGCUGGAGGUGCAAUCUCCUGGCCAGCUUGGGCGGCAAUGAAGCGAUAUCUUUCAUGACAAACUCGGCUGAGGGGUAUAUGGUUGGGUGCCAAGUUCAAGCUGCUUUGUUUUAUCUGCUUGGUUGGAGUAAGCCGAAAAUAAGGAGUUGUGUGAUUCCUUUUGCCGAUAUCUCUGCUACUCUGCCUGAGACAGAGGUUAUGCAAAGAUGGACCGGAACGUGGAAAGAGCAGGGAAACAGGUUUCAAAUCGAUUUUGUUAUCGAGGAGGGGGUGCCAUGGUUGAAAUUUGGGCAGAUGCCGAACCAGAGGUUGUGGGUUGCUGCUCAAGGAAAAGAGGAAUACCAGGAUGGACACAAAGUUGUUGCAGAUCUGGUUUGUAAGGGUGGUAUCGAAAUUCUGGUGAGAAUAACGGAGGACAAGGAGGGUAAACCAUUGAUGGAGAUGUGGAAUGGCGCUACAGGAGAGGCAGUGGCGAUGGAGAGAGUGCUAUAG